ACAGUGGCUCAAGAUGAGAAGUGUAUUGAGACAAAGACUUCUGAAGCCAGAAGAUGUGGUCAUUUUUUUCUGGAGAAGUUAACUGGUUAUUGCUGAUUUAAUUAUGAGAAUCUACAUCCUCAGGAGCCAGGCAGAAGAUGGAGAGACUGUGACCUUUUUUCAUAUAUUCAGUGGAAGGUGGACGGACUCCGGAGUGGCCACUAUCCUUUGCGAGAGUCAUUUGGGCUCUGAAGACAAUGUCCCCUAGCCCACUGUGGAGAACAAUAAGGCCCUAGAGCUCAUGUUCAGCGUGUUCCAGAGUCCAUGUGUGCAGGCACCAUCCCAAGAUGACUUUGUCCCAAAACCCCAGCAAGAGUUCUCCAGAUCUUGGAAUGGACUCUUCAAAUUCAGGCAGUCAGGGCUGGGGAGCCCAGCCCUCUGGGGCCUGCAGGAUGCCCAUAGGCAGACUGAGGCCCUUUCCAGGAAAUAUGGGACAUCAUUCACAUUAUCCUGGGCAGUGUAACUCUUGGCAAGGGGCCCAGAAGUGCAGCAGACGGUGCACCAGGAGAUUGUCAAGAUGGGGGAAGGGCAUAUUCCAGCAGCACCAGAUGUCCCCAAGACCCACCAGCUCUUUUCGGUGCUCCCUGGGGAAUGGCGAAGUCACUCAGGGGGACCUGGUGAGAGUUUGGUGGCCAUGGGGUGGGACCAGUUAAAUGUCAAGGAACCUGCCUCCACAUCUCUGAAGACCCACCUGGCCCUCUGCCACUGUGCCACGUCCUACGAGGAUGAGAGUUUCCCUUGGGCUAAAGAUUUCUGGCCAGAGCAGUGGCUGUGGACAGGAAAGCUGGGCAGGGCUGACAACUUUGGGCCCACUCCCUUUGGUUACGGGGUUUGCAGCUGCAUUGGGCAGAGAGUCACAGAGUUGGAGACUCACCUCACUAUGACCCAGAUAGGGUGUUUGCUUCAACAUUUUGAGAUCAAAACAUCUCAGACUAAAGCUGUUCAUGCAACAACCCACCGGCUCCUGACACCAGGGGGCCCAUCCAGGUGUGUUUUGUUAACAGAAAGUAAGAGUGGGUUUUGCACAGAGGCAGAGGUGGCAGAACUGGCUCAGGACACAGAUGGUUCUGUGCCGCUGAUCACCGCAGAGGAGGAAAGUGGUCAUUCUGGACGCUGUCUUGCCAUGGACUGGCCUGCCAGGCUCUGGGACACUUGUGUAUCUUGA